CAAUUUUUUGAUCACAUUAGUUUUGAGUAUCCUUUCAAAAUUGAUCCCCAUAUUGCACACAAGCUUGAGAAUUUGGAUAUUUCUUAAUAGAUUUUGGUGGUUGUCGACAAAUUUGCAGUCAUAUUUAGUGACCCAUGAGUUACGAUGUAUGUAUCCGACGAACAGCGCCUUUAUCGAAAGGCACGAAGAAAGUUUUCAUUGAAGACCUACGGUCUAUUCGCUCUCUGGCUAAUCUUGGCCUUGAUUCAAUGGCUGGUAAUAGCCAUAAUAGAAGAUGCUAGAUCAACUUUCCGGUCGUUGUACUACAUCUGCUUUGUGACCUUUCUCCUGGCCAUCUUGGUAUUCAUUAUCUUCAUAUUUGUUGAGAAGGUGCGUUUCAAGAAAGGUCUUAACUUCAUCAUGUCACUGAUUAUUGUGGAGCUUCAGAUUAUUUCCACCUUUGCUUUAGUCGCUAUAAGUUGGUGGGCCGAUGUAUUGACCUUUUUUGCAGUAGUCUUAAUAUUAAUGAUUAUAUUUCUGGUGAUAGGCAUAUUUCUACCAAGAAAAAUGGAUCUGACCCUGGACAUUGCAGUUCUAUUUAUAAUAGCAUUUAUUUUCCUGAUUAUUGCCACUUUUGUCCUUUUAUUCGAGCUACUCAUAUGGAGUACCAUUCCCUAUGCCUUUUUAGUGGUGGAACUGGCAGUGACCUUUACAAUUCUCUUUUUCGUUAUGUACCAUGGACAAACUAUUAAUGGAAAUCGAUUUGCUGAAAUGCGUCUGAGCGACUUCUUCCUGGGUUCUCUGAUACUGUUCCAUGACUUUCUCAUCAUCUACUGGCUGACCUUCUAUUGGCAGGUCCAUUACAGGCCCAUUACACCAGAUUCCUGGGCAAGGACAUCAACUCCGUAUCCUGGUUCUUACUACUCAAAUACUACAGAAAAUCGAGACAAAAUUAUAGACACCAAUUUAGGAUGGAUGGACUACAAUAAUCAGCGAUCAGGAAAAGGGUUCACCAGAGGCUAUGAUGUCCCUUACUAUGAUAAUGAUAAUAAUCAAGAUAGAUAUCCAAGCUUUCAGGAAGAAGAAAGAAAGCGAAAGGGAUAUGGAAAUCGGAAUCGUGAUAGGGAAGAUCCCAUGGAUAGACGUAGACCUAAGGAUUGGUCAGUUUACAAGCCAAGGCCAGGGCACGGAUUUAGGAAUCAAGAAAGAUCUCAAACUAGAAGUCCAGGUCGAAAUGAUAUAUACCACAGACAUCGUAAUCCUAACGAAUGGGAUCCUGAAUAUAUAACCCAAGGUAUCGACAAGGAUGUGCCCUUUGAUGAACGCUUUGAUGCGAUUUCCAGAGAUAAUAAACCUAGAAAAAAGAAUGUGUCCUUUGAUAAACAUUCAGGAGAUUCCUCUAGAGAGUCAAAAGAUGAAGUAGAACCAACACACAAGGAUAGGAAUGUGCCUUAUGACUAUGGUUUUGAUGAAAUUUCAAGAGGUCGUCCUAGAGAUUCCCUUGAAGAAGUCUAUCAACCAACGAAAGUUGAUAUUGAACCAAGUUUGAUGUAUGGUAAUGCCGAAGGAAAAUCGGCAGAUGGCCGUGGUAAGCCAUCUAUCGAUUUUCCUUUGACAAACCAUCAGCCAAGUAAUCGUCCUACAACGGACUCUUCAAAUAUAUACAUAAUUCCCAAGGCGCAUCCUACUCGCAAUUAUCAAUAUCAGCAAGGUUAUGAGAACCCUGAUUCCGAUACAGAAAACUAUAAUCAAAAUGAAAACCUUGAAAUAGCCUUUCCACCUGAAGAAGUAAUCCAUGAAGAUUCUUCACAAAAUCAAGAAUCAAACUUACUACGAGACGAGAUGAAAGCCUCAACAGAAGGAGAUUUCGUUUUUAGUUCAGAAAACGCACCAGAAUGGGAAGAACUUAGCCAAGAUGAGUUACGUAAACUAUCAAGCCAGCAGAUUCUAAAAUACAAAGAGAAGAGACUUCGACCCAAGCAGGAUCCUAGAGUUGAGCCAUUAGUUACCAGAGAUCCAUAUCCAAUAAACCUAUCAGACUAUGAGAAACUUGUAAUGAAUGUUAGUACGAGCGGCGUAUAAGCCAUAAGCUCUUAAAGCCGUAAACAAUAUAUGAAUUAUUUUCCCCUAUAAAUUUAAUCCGAUUUGCCGAUUGUCAUCAGAGCCAUUAGGCAUUUAAUUGCACUCAUUAAAGAGGGCAACACAUCUUAUUCAACCGCAUGGCCGACAGGUGACAAACAAAUUAAUGUCUCCGAGAUUUAUGGGCCGCCCACAAAAUGAGGCAAACACACAGAAACAAAGAGUCAACCCAAAAAGUCAAGCCAAAAACAACCUGUUCAAUGAACUCUGCAGAAGAGUAAAAAAAAAUCAGGAGAGAAAAAAAGAAAACCGUUUAACAAAUUACGGCCAACACACGUGCAGUCACCAUAAAAACGUACUCCGUACUCCGGUGCCCAGAUACGCAGAUAUCCAGGUGGGAGUACCGUACAGUAGUAACUCAUCGUGUACAUAUAUAACACAUUUACUCGCAUGUAUGAAUGCCGACCGCAUAUCGCUUAUCUGCUGCCCAGCCACUCCGCCUACCUUUGCUUCUGAUGGAGCUUCUAUAUGCUCUCUAACCUUUUUCGGGGUCAUGGUGGGUUUUGGAGGGUAUUCUGACGUCUGUUUAGUCGUAUUUUCUUCUUUUUUGGAAAGUAAUUAACUAACUAAUCACAUUACCAUUUCAUCUAUCAAGGCUCCUUAAUUUUUAGCCAAUCUAGAACUGAAGUUGUUUAACAUUUCUGUCACUUUUCCUUGUUAAUUUUGAAAUCAUACUCCACUUCACUAAUUUCUUUCACAAGAGCAUAUAGUAUUCUCCAUUUCUCCUCCAAACUUUUUCGCCUUUUGUCUUCGACUGGGCUGUUUUUUUUUUUGCAUUUUGGCAAAUCAUGGCAAGAACGCAAAGCACGACCACGACACACACAGAGAGAUCCAUGGCCAAAAGUUCUGUAGAUGUGGAUGUAGCUGCUGGUGUUGAUGUCAGUGCCAGUGCUCAGUCCCCAGACCCCAAAUCCUCUCUCCUCCAUAUAACCAUUCCCGUUGGCAUACCCCAUUCCCCAUUUCCCAUGCCCCAUUCCCUGCCGCUGCCCAGUUUUGAGCCACAGUCACUCAUGACUGCGACCUGAACCAGAUACACGAUGCACGAUAAUAUAAUUUAUGGCCCUGUUUGGUGUUUGCAGCUCCUCGCUCACUUCUACGCUGCGUUAUGGAAUGUUUGAUGUGCCAUGCCACUCCAUGCCUUCUACUUCCAGCUCCAACUUCAUGUCCAUGCCUCGGUUCUCCGCCUCUGCCUGUGCCUCCGACUCAUCAACAAAUCGUACAUUUGAAUACAAAUUGCAGCAUUAAAGACGCAGAAGCUUCAACAAAAGUGUCAAAUUUGACAUGAAAUUAUUUAUGCUCGCACGAAACUUUAACUCGUGUUUUUACUGCCACUUUGCUGGCUGUUAGACUUUCAGGGCGUUUGCUGUGCUCCCAAUUAGGUUCAUCGCCUCAGGAGCUGAAAUCCCAGAAUUGCAAAUAAAAAUCUAGAAACUCUUUUUUUUAGUUUGGUAAUAUCAUUUUUUAUAUAUAUUUUUGCAUAUUUAAUUUCUUUCUUUUCUUUUCUUUCCAUAGUAGACAAUGUUAUUUUUUUCGGUUUUCUGUGAGCUUUAGCUUUAGGUUUUAAUCUAGUUAAUGUUUCUAUUUAAUCGUAGUAACUGCAACAUUAAGAAACUGUUUGUGUUUUGUUAGUUAGUGAUGUCUUUGCUAAGGUGGUUUUUUUUAUUUUGAAAAUUGAAGCGGAAUUAUUGUGGGAAACUGCUGCGCGGUGGAGAAUGUAAUCAGAAUUUAUGGAAAAAAGAAGCGAGAUUUUGAGAAAGAUUUUUUGGGCAAAACUUUAAUACUUAAGGGUAUACUCAAGCCCCUUGCAUUGGAUCUAUCUCAUGUGCUUGUUUAAUCAGCUUAUUUUCAUCUUUAAACUCUUUAGACUUAAGCCUUUACAUGGCCAAAU